CAUUGAUUGGUCGUCUACUAUGUCCAAUGUAAUUGUGUAUAACAGAAGAAUAAAAUAGGUCAAGUUGUUUUCUGUCAACAAAUCAUCGGACGUGUGUGGACAUACUUGGUCGUUCUCUCAUUCACUAAACUACUUCUAUUCAUGUACGUUGUCUGCAUUUUCCUCUCUAUGUUUAUUAUUGUCAUGGUAAUUUGCGAGUCAAUGUGUAAGUGACAUGUUUAAACACUUCGUGGUGAGUGAUUUUAUAGGACAAGUGUUGAGGUCUCAAAGUGAGAUAUCGGUUCAAUUAGAAUGCAUCGAUAACGGAUAUUUGUAAUUGUAAUAGAUUGCUCAUUUCAUUCAGCAGAUAACUAUACACUGUAUUUGUCUGUUUGUGGAAUUUAUUCUACACGUGAUGAGACUGGGAAAUUCGUGUUCAUUUGGUUAGAAUAAUGCCAGUUGAUUCUCAUUCUUCAAUGUUUUGUUUGCAUUGACCAAAUAACUGCUUCUUUAUGCUUAUUAUUCUACUUAGUUCAUCCAGUCAUACCGAUGAAUUCACGCAAUUUUAAAAGUACUCAAUUUGAUUGCCAUAACCUCAAAUGAGUUAGAUGUGUUUGCACUCUGGUUACGCGUGUACAAUUUGUGCUGUUUACUAAUUUUCACUUUAUUUGCUGUUGGCAUAUAACUCACAAUCGCCAUAUUUGAUAAACCACAAAUCUAAUCGGUUUGUCUCUAUAGCCAGAUUGUGUAGAAUAAACAGUUUGACCAUCUUUCAGUCACAGAACAAACUUAAACAGCAUCAAAAUUCUUAAUAAGCAUGAACGGUACCAAGCCCUACACACUUUUCGGAUUAGCAUUUUCUUCUUUCUGGUGAUAUGUUGGCGUUUUAAAACAAACAUGUAUUUUCUGACAUCUUUUGUUAACAAAAUCGAAUUAUACUUAAAAUGGAGCUAUGUAACAUAAUGUUUCGAGAAAUCACAAACGGGAUAUCUACGUCUUAAUCACUUAACGAUGACUACUCCAUUUUAUGUUCGACAAUCUCAUCUAUCUUGGGUACCUGCUACUGCAGGAAAAGAUCAACCAACAAAUGGAGUCGAAGCAGAUUCUCGUAUUUAUGUUGCUCGAGGUGAAGUAAAUGGACAUGUAAUACCAGGAAAAUUGCCUCUUAGAAUAGGUGCAGCUUUUAUACCUUGUGAUGGAAAAGAACAUGGACUUUGUAAAUUUGAAAUUUUGUGUAACACAAAUGUAUUUCCAAAUCAAUCAUUAUACAAUUGGAUUCCAGCAUCUGAUGGUAGGGUCCCAGCUGGUGCUUUAUUGGCUGGUACAACCACUGAUGGUUUACCAUUAUAUGUUGCUCGUGCUUCCAUAAACAAUGAGGUGUGUGUGGGAAAAGUAAACUCUGAAUAUGAAUGUGCACUUAUGCCUUGGGGAAAUGUUGAACAUAAAGUAAAAGAAUAUGACGUUCUUUGUUUGAUUGAAUAAACCGGGAUAAGACAGGCAAAUUCCUUUAACAAAUUUAAAAUAUAUUCUGUAUAAUAAUGAUUAUAAUAACUUGG